AUGGUGCUGCUCAAUUUUGAUGAUGAGGACGCUGAGCAGCGGGCCCCGCUGCACGCGGCCGCCUAUUGUGGCAACGCCGAGAUCGCCGAGACGCUCCUGCUUAGCGGCGCCCGCAUCAACGCCAAGGACAGCAAGUGGGCGACGCCACUGCACCGCGCUUGCGGCCAGCGCCACGCGGCGGUGGUGGCCGUGCUGCUGCAGCACGAAUGCGACAUCAACGCGCGCGACAAGCUGUGGCAGACGCCGCUGCACACGUGCGCGGCCAACGGCGCCGUCGAAUGCGCCGAUUUCCUGGUGGAGGUGCUCACCACUGUCAACACGUCGGACCGGGCCGGCUGGACGCCGCUCCACCACGCCGCCUACCACGGCCACCUGCAGAUGGUGCAAACACUGCUUGGUCUGGGCGCCGCCGUGAAUGCACACGACAAGCGGGACCGGCGUGCGCUACACCUGGCGGCCAUCAGCGACCACGUGCGCGUGCUCCGCGCGCUGCUGGACCGCGGGGCCGAUGUCAACGUCCGCGACAGAAAGGCCGAGUCGCUGCGCUGCCUGCUGGCGGCCGGUGUCAGUGUGCACGCCACCAACCGGCGCGGACAGCGCGCCCGCCUCCUGCUUGAGCGCGGCGCCGAAGUGGACGCGGUGGACAAGCGCGGCUGCACACCGCUGCACCUGGCCGCCGCCUGCGGACACGACGUGCUCAUCAAGACGCUGUUGCAGUACGGGGCCGACGCCAACCGGCCAGGGCCGCAUGGCAUGACGGCGUUGCACCUGAGCGCCCUCAACGGCUUCACCGCCUGCGUGAAGCAGCUGCUGGAGCUGGGCGUCGACAUCCGGGCCGUCGACGAGCUGGGCCGGACGGCGCUCCACCUGGCCGCCUACAGGGGGUAA